UAGAUAUUCCGAUUCAUCUCAUCUCUGGUCUAUGAGCAAAUGACUAAUAAUUUCGUUUCGUUGGUUAUAGAAUAGGCCUAAAGAAGAGAGUAAGUAGGAAACCAUGGCGGCGGAUGGAGACGAGUUGAUAUCAGAUCAAGAAAAGGUUCGCAUAGUAUCGGAUUUUAUCCUCCAUUCGCCGCCGGGAGAAUUUAAUGAAGUAUUCAAUGAUGUGAGAGUACUUCUGAAUAAUGAUGUUCUGUUGAAGGAGGGAGCUUCAGGUGCAUUCUCUCAAUAUAAUAAGGACCAACUGACGCCUGUAAAAAUAGAAAAUAGUGUUCACCCUGUCUUGAUAACGGAAUACAAUGACCUUGGAAGCUGCCGAUUCUUUGACUCCCGCUCUAAACAAUCGUUCAAGUAUGACCAUCUCAGAAAAGAGGCUACUGAUUACGAGAGUUGGGAACCAGAGCCUGGAACUGAGCCCUGGAGAUUGCCUCUAGAAGAAGAGCUGGAUGCCUACACACUCAGUCAUUACAAGAAUGGUGUUUCCAGUGUUUUUGCCAGACGCCAAGGUUCUGCUGUGGUUUUAACAGCUUGUAUAGAAGAUCACCAAUUCCAGCCCAAAAACUAUUGGAACGGGCGCUGGCGGUCUCAAUGGUCCAUCACUGUGAAUGGUGGCUCAGCAGAAAUAAGGGGCAUCCUCAAGGUCCAGGUCCACUAUUAUGAGGAUGGCAAUGUACAGCUUGUCAGUUCAAAAGACAUCAAAGAGACACUUGUAGUUUCUAGUGAAGAACAGUCGGCGAAGGAUUUAGUGAAACUGGUUGAAGAAGCGGAGAGCAGUUAUCAGAAAGCUAUCUCUGACAACUAUCAGACGAUGAGUGAUACCACCUUCAAGGCACUACGGCGUCAGCUUCCAGUCACAAGAACCAAGAUCGAUUGGAACAAAAUUGUGAGUUACAGCAUUGGGAAAGAGCUCAAGAGUCAGUGACCCCCAAACAUCUUCAGUUAAUCCUUUCAUUUCAUGUUAAUCUUGUUAUGUUCAAUAAUCUUAUGUAUCUUUGUUUAUCAUUUCUGGGCCCGAAGCCCAUUUGAAUUUCGCUUUGUUGGACUGCUUGUUACCCCCGCGAGGCCGCUGAUUGUAAAUUGUUAGACUUUAAAGUGUCUAGUGUUAUUACGGGCUGGUGGAGGUUUGUUGUUAAAUCUAUUCUGUUAAAUGCCGUGGCUGUCGGAAUCGCCUUUCGGCUGCUGUUUAUUCAAACACACAAUUCUAAAGUGCAGAAACGCUGUGUUCACUGAUAUGUGGCCAGUCAUUCGCCACUCGUCACCGACUCUGGAUUAUUCAUUCUUCUUGCCUACCUUUAACUUUUUUCUUAUUUAAGUUAUCAGAGUUUAACAUCUUACUGUUUAUGAUUUAACAUGCUAGGAUAAAUAUAUAUAUAUAUAUGAUUGCUGAUAAAUUUAUAUGUUUAUUACAUGAACGUUUGUGCAAACUAAAGUGAUUGCUUGUUUAUGUAUUGUUCUGUUUAUCUUAAUUUUAUUAUUCUUGUACUGUAAAUGUAUUUGUUGAGAUUUUAUCAAUGAUGUAACCAAGUACUCAUAAAACCAAUGAUUGUCUUUUCUUUGCUGUUCAAAGUUGUGCAGACAGGUCGUACAAAGGGUGUUCAUGAAAAACCCUUAAAGAAUUUUCAGAAAUUUACAAAUGGAUUUCACAUUUUAGAAUUGUAAGGUUUAAAUUUGACAGGACAAUUGUGUGGAAACUUUUUGGUGUAAUGCCCCAAUACAUAUGAAUUACCAUAGUACUGUACAGGCAGUAUUUUCACUAACGACUUCUUAUUUGUUUCCUUUUUUUUAGUAAUGAGUUUUAUUAAAUAUGCUUUUAGCUCUCUCCUUAGUUACCAAAAUACAAUUAUUAAUAAGUAUAUCAAUUGAAAAUGGGGCCAAAAUCCUAUAGUUCAAAUCCUAUUUUAGACAGAAAAAAGUGCUUGGUAUGGUUUUCAAUGAAAGGUUUAACUGGAACCAAUCAAAACAAGAAGGAAACCAUUACAUUAGUAGUGAAAAUAUUGCCUCGUGAUGGUAAUUCACUAAGUACUUAUUGACAUCAUGACUUAAAAUUACUAUGCAACUGAGGAAUCCUCUUUCAAAGAUGUACUGUUUUUACAUUUUGAAAUUUCUGAAAAAUCUCAAUAACUCUUUGAGUGUAUUACAUUUUGUAUGAAAAUUUUCUAUAUCACUUUUACAAUAAUAUUAGGUUUGAUAAAAGUUGUUAUUAUAUUUUUAAAGUUUUAUUUUGGUUUUUUAACUCUGAUAAGUAUAUAGAUUAAAAUGUUUGCUUUUAUUAACAUUUUAUAUGUGUAAAAAUAUAUUUUCCAUGUUAUCACCAUCUUGUAAGUAUUCACUGGAUGUAUCGAUUAUUAUUGAUCAUUGUGUUAUUCAUGAGAAUGAUUUUACUGAUUCCUGAUUAUUUUGCAUGUAGCUAUUAAGAAUCAAUCAUUAAACCUGAGUUACAUUGUCAGAUUUUGAGGUUAAGAUUUUCACUGUUAGAUGUCUUAAUGAUUUGAAUGACAGUCUUCUAUUCUUUUAACACAUUCGUUGCGGCCGCCCCAAUCCGGGGCCAGCGGACCUGCGCGCGCUAACUGCCCGAUCUGGGCUGUCGUGAAACACUACACAGAAUGCUUCAACAUUUUCUGCAUCCGUUAAUCCAGAUUAUGCUUUUUGCCGCAGCGAAUGAGUUAAUGAUACCUUUGAACAGCAAUUUAAAAAGACUGAAAUAUGAGUUUUUCAGAGGUAUAUUCAUAUAUUUACUGAUCAAUCUAAAACAUUAGCUUUAAAUAUGUGUUUUGAGUUUGGAUUGUGUUCCUCAUAAGCUUUUAUCUGGUAUCAGUCUUUUAUUGAACAUUUCAGUUCAAAUUGUCUUAUUACCAGGGCUUGUGAAAUAUUGCAAUUUAAAUUCUUUUCUGUACUGGAAAUUUAAACAUUAAAAAAUCUAAAAUGAUUUUAUAUAUUGAUUUUUGUGAAUGUAUUUAAAGUAGAACCGUGUUCCUACAAUUAAAAUCAUACUUGCAUUUAUUUACUGUUGGAGAUUUUUGUAUGUCAUAUAGCUUAACAAUAAAUGACAUAUUUUAUUUUAAAUACUGCCCUAUUUGUUAGUAACUAAAUUUAUGAUUUAUUGAUAUAGUAUAUUGAAUACAAUCGAUUAUUAAAGAAAUUUUGUUUAAA